AUGUCUCGCCAUCAUCCAGAUCUCGUAAUGUGCAGAAAGCAAUCUGGUAUUGCUAUCGGACGUCUCUGCGAUAAAUGCGAUGGAAAGUGCCCUGUAUGCGAUUCCUACGUUCGUCCCACAACUCUCGUACGCAUCUGCGAAGAGUGUAGUUUCGGAAACUAUCAAAACAAAUGUGUCGUAUGUGGAGGUGAAGGCAUUUCAGACGCUUUCUAUUGCUUCGAAUGUACAAGAUUAGAAAAGGACCGCGAUGGGUGUCCGAAGAUUAUCAAUCUGGGUAGUAGUAGGACGGAUUUAUUCUAUCAAAAAAAGAAUUUUCGGAACCAUUAG